AGACCCGAGCACCGCCCCGCCGCCUUACCGGGGAGCCGGCUGCCGGAGAAGGGUCGCGAUGGCGCUGCUGCCGCUGCUUUUGCUGCCCCUCACGGUGCUGCCCGCCGCCGUGUAUCUGUGCUGCGUGCGGCGGCACACGGGCAUCGCCGCCGCCGUGGUGCAGCGCCGGGAGCCGGGCCGGCCGGCAGCCCGCAGCCCUCCGCGGGACACCUGGGCCCCCCGGCUGUGCGGCUUCUGGCUGCGCCUCUUCAGCCAUGCGGUCAACACGGCUUUUGGACAGUUCUUGUUACUGCCAUUAUUACUAAGGAUGCACAACUUGUCUCUAAUGCGUUCUCUUGACAUUUGUGAAGAUCCCACGUUUAUCCCAGAGGUUGCUGCAGAGGUUACAGAAGACAAGUCUGAGGCUAAAAGCACUUUGGAUAUUAUGAAACAGCUGAUAGAUGCAAGGACCGAUUCUGCCAGCAAAGGGUUUAGCUUCAAAGGGAUCAAAGACUACCUGGACUGCUACAGGAGUGGGAAGCUGACGCCAUCUCAGGUGGCAAAGAACAUCAUUGCCACGCUGGAGGACUGCGAGAAAUCCACGCCCCCACUCAGAGCGAUAGUGCAAUGGGACCGGGAACAAAUAAUGCUGAUGGCUGAGGCCUCCACUGCUCGUCACAGGAAUAAAUGUACCCUGUCUCAUCUAGAUGGCAUCCCAGUGUGCCUGAAAGAAGAGUUCAAAGUGGUACCUUACCAUCACCGAGUAGGAACAGUGUUUCUCGGGACUGAGCCUGAAACAGAAGAUGCUACUGUGGCCAAGAAGCUGAGAGAGGCUGGAGCUGUCAUUAUUGGGGUUUCAAACAUGCAUGAACUAGGGACUGGAACGACUGGAUGCAACCCUAAUAGGUACCACAAGAUCCCUAGGAAUCCCUACAAGCCCAACCACUUCACAGGUGGGAGCUCCAGUGGGUCAGCAGCAGCUGUAGCAGCAGGUCUCUGCCCAGUGGGUAUUGGCACAGAUGGAGGCGGCUCUGUGAGGAUUCCUGCUUCGUUCUGUGGUGUGGUGGGGCUGAAAGGUACGUUUGGGCGGAUCAGCUGUCAUGGCAGCUACCCACUCUCCUACUCCACAGUAAGUGUAGGCCCUAUCUGUACCUCAGUGGCAGAUGCAGCCAUUGUUUACAGUAUUCUUGCUGAACCGGAUCCACUCUAUCCAUACGGACUAAAGCAACCCAAAGCAACCCUGUCAGAUAUGUGUGCUCCUGACCUGAAAGGCUUAAAACUGGGAGUGGACUGGACAUUUUUUAAGGCAUGUGAUGCAGAAGUCCUGACCAUCUGUGAGAAAGCUGUGGAGUACCUGCAGAGUUUGGGAGCCAGCGUGGUUGAAGUGUCUCUUCCAGAGAUGGAGGAAGUGAAAAUAGCACAUGUGAUCUGCAUUCUGAGUGAGAUGAGGGACAUGCUGCAACCUGACUUCAACAAACAUUUCCAGGAAAUGAAUUUGGAGACACGAGCUACCCUAGCCUUGGCUUCCCAGUUUACAGCUCUGGAUUAUAUUACGGCAAAUCGACAGAGAACUCGCAGCAUGAGGUUUUUGCGAGAGAUCUUCACCACUGUGAACUGCAUCGUUACACCAGCUGUUGCUUCCACUGCCCCGAGAAUCCACGAAUCUGACCUCUUGACUGGCAGCAAUGACACUUCAUUCACAGUUCAGUCCAUGAGGUUCAUGCAGCUUGCUAACUUGACUGGGAUUCCAGGCCUCGUGGUCCCCGUUGGUUAUUCUACUGCUGGGCUUCCUAUCAGCCUCCAGGUCAUGGGAAAAUGGUGGGAUGAAGCUGUUCUUCUGAGGAUUGGCCUGAAGCUAGAGCAGUUUCGUAACCAGACCAAGAAACCAUCCAUUUAUUAUGACAUCCUCGCAUGAUGGGGUGACCGAGAUGGGGAAUAAGUCUUUAACCCCCCCACACCCCUUCCUGCCCCUGUAGUUUGACCUGGCCAAGUACUAAAGUGGACUUGUUUUCAGCGUUCAUCCGAAUGAGGUUUAGUGGCAGGCUCAUCUGAGGAAUGGGGAGAAACACUGAUUGGAGCAGGCACUGAUGCUGAGUAGACAUCAGUUCUGCUCCCUGUUCAGCAUUGGAUGGUCUAGACCAGGGAGACAAACUGUGCUCGCUAGUUCCUCACUGUGUUUUUGCCAACAGGGGAAGUUACAAAUAUCUUCUGCAACUUCUUUUCAUGUCAGGAUCCUACGUAAAGAUGGAAGAGAGCUGCAGCUACAGGAGUGCACGUGAGCAGGUGAUAGUGCUAUGUGUGGAAAGCCACAACCUCUAGGCCUCACAGAACGCCUCCUGCUCCAGGAUAUAACAAAAGUGCUGUUUUAAGAAGGAGAGGCAGCUUCCCUUAAGACAUAAUGCUAAGCUCCUUUGGACUGAGGAAGAUCUUAACACACCUGCAGUUAGGAAGAGUGGGUUAAGCCCCUUACUUAAGCUAGCCCCUUAGAGCAGAAAAGGCGGCACUGUGAACAGUGUAAGGUCAGUCUGUUCUGCAGAGUAUGCUCACUGCAUGAGCAAUCCCACCUACCUUCAACCUUAAGUGCAAAGGGAGGAAAAAGCAGAGCAUGAAAACUCAUUAUGUCUGCCCUGAAGCCCUGGUUCAGGAUUCUGCCAUCCUCUUGCACUGUUGACAAACAUAUCUAUUCCCCAAGCUAAGAUUUGGAGAGCCUCUUCUCUCCCACUGGUUACUUAAGCGUAAGCCUACUACCAUACAGGUGUCCCACUGGAAAAAGCUACCCAGGAAUGCUGUGAAACAGCUAUCUGAGAGAGGAGCUGAGAGGGUGAAAUGUAAGUGGUACUAAAAGCAGAGGUGCUACUGAGCUACUGUGAGAGUAGAUCACUGUUCAGUACUCUGGGCACAGGAAAGGUGUUGCACAAAGCCACAUGCAGCAGGUAAGAAACCAACCUUCUAGGUAAGAAACCUAGUUCUUCUAGGUAAGAAACCAACCCAUCUUAUCCCAAACUGUAGUUCCAGAAAUGAGAUAGAAAAAAGAUGAGAAUGUAUGACAUCACAGCAGGAAAAGCUGGAGAAGGCUCUGCUUAUCCAAGAUUUGUCCCAAAAGCCACAGUACUGUUUCACUGAAAGUCCCAAGUACCCGUGUCCUGCUUGCACCACCGUGGCCACAUCAAAGAGAAGACCUAUGAGUAACUAAAGCUAAACAUUUAGGUUAAUUUUGGAAUACCUUAGGGUUAAUGCUCAGCGGCAUCUCCUGUUGUCAACCUCAUCAAGUCUCAGAGAAGAAAAAUGCCUAUGCUUGCAAUCAGGUUCCGGGAGAAGCUCUUACAGGCAGGAACAGAAAAGUAUAUUCUUAGCUUGGAAGGAAAGAAGGAACCAGAAAGUAGUUGCAGUUUCUCCCAACCUCAGUACAGUUGUUUUUUAAUUAAUAUAUAUAUAUCCACUCUUUAAACAGAGCUAGCACUUUACUAAUGGCUAAAGGUUCCAGUCAGAUAACACCUGAAUGGAGGAAUGUUGCGUAACCUUAAGUACUUGAGUCAAAGCAGCAAGAUCAGCUGUUAGCAGCAUCCACAGUUAAAUUAAUGAUAUGGUUGAUAAUUUCAUUUUCAACUCCUUUGUGAUACUACUACAAAUGUUAUUAGAGUCUACUGUAGUUCAACUUUAUGAAGAACAGUGUUUAAAAGAAAAAUAUUUCCUCUAUUAAUAACUUAUUAAAAAUGCUCAAAAUACCUGAGAGUGAAACACUGCUGAAAUGCAUUGUGUGGCAAUAGGGGAUUUGAUAAGUGUCUGACAAGAAGAAAUUUCUUCCAGGAACAUUGAAGGAAAUGGCUGAAUCUUCCCUAAUUUAGUGCAAGGGCAAGCAGAUGGUGGUAAAAAAUGAUCAAUUACAAUCCUGCUAAAUUAAGCUAUUUCAAAUCCCUUUCUAAACGAUAUACUACCUUAAAAUUAAAAUUCCAAGAUUUAGUUCAUUUUCUGGGAGGAAUGAGGAAGCUUAAGUUGCUAGGUAGAGGGAUAAAAGUUAAAGCAAAGGGUUUAUCUUAAACAAACAACAAGAAACGUGUAUCCUGCUAGUUCUGGGAAGAAAAGGGAAGUGAAAGCUUUUGCUGACUGUCCAUAAUUUCGUCUGUUUUUCAGCACGUUGCUUCUUCCCUUUCUCUAAAUUGGUUUAACUAGUGCAAAUCUUCCCUGGGAGUGAGGUUUCUAGGUAGACUGUUCAUACUAGUGAAAGGCCCCUCCAUUUCCUUUUUCCCCUAGCUAUUCACU